AUGUCGUGUGGCCAGUGCGUGGGUAGACCCGAAACCCCGCUGCAGUGCCAUGCAGAAUCUGUGCGACGGGAGAAGCGGAAGGUUGCAGAGGACUUCUCGAUGUUGUUCCCCAUGUACACGGUGUCAGCAGAGGCUGCACUCGAGAUGAGCACCCUGAAGCCGCAUGAGGAGCUCUUGGUCUCGGGCAAGCUGUCGUUGUUCGAGGAUGGGAUGGGAAAGGCCCUCUUCGUCUCGCACCAGUGGGUCAGCAGAUCCCACCCGGACCCAGAGUUUAAGCAGUUCCGUGUUCUGCAAGAGGCUCUGCGAAAUAUCGCCCAUGGGAUAAGCCAGAUCUCGAUGGACACCAUCACAGAGGCAGUCUUCGGCCUUGCCAGAGGCAUUUCAACAUCGGAAUUUCAGGUCAGCGAGCUCUUCCUCUGGUAUGACUUCUUCUCUUGUCCGCAAGUUCCGCUUGUGACGGAUGAGAGUGGACAGCCUCAAAACGUCCAGCAGAAAGCCAUCAGCAGCAUUCCUGCGUACAUCUCGAGGUGUCAAUUUUUCAUGGCCCUGUGCCCAGUCAUUGACAGCCCAGAUGGAUCCCAGGUGUUUAGCCAGGUUUCUUGGAGUGGACGUGGGUGGUGUCGGGUGGAGAAAGCAGUACGUGAGUUGUCGAUUCAUGGUGGGUCCUGGAUUCUCGUCAAGAGUGCGAAGCACCAGGAGAUUACUGCGCCACUGAUGCUAGAUCCACCCGGAGAGGGGGACUUCACAUUGGAACGCGACCGUGCAGCAGUUGCUCCCGUUCUUCGGCACGUCUUGAAGGUGAAGCUGGUAGCCUACCUGGAGCAGGGCGACUUCACCAGUUACCGCCUGCUCUUGAACCAGCAAGGCGCCCGGCUGCGCGGCCUUCCCGCCGAGUGCAACGACGACCUGGUGCCGGGCUUCGAGGCAGACGCGGUGGCUCCGUGGCCGAGGGCGCUCGCCAAGUUCCUGCAUGAGAACGGUUUCCGGCAUCCCAUGGAACGCGAUGCAGCGGGUUGGUCUUGCCUGUGCUACGCAGCCAUGCGAGGCGACCCUGAGGUGAUCCAGGCGCUGCUCCAGUGCAGAGGGGACCCCAAUGAUAAGAUCACCAAGGGACAACCCCAGCUGGGCAUCGACAAGGGUACGCCGGUUCUGGGAAUAUGCACAAAGUUCAAGAACCACGAAGCCAUGAAUCUCCUACUUGCAGCUGGCUCGAAGAUCAGUGUCAGCGGGAUUCUUCAGACUGCCCUGAGCUGCGCGUGCUAUGUGGACGACGCAGAAGCGGUGCACUGCUUGUGCGCCUCCGGAGGCGACCCGAACGAGAAGAACCCAUUUGGUGUCUCGGCCCUUCGCCAGGCUUGCAUCACCGGCUCGCUGCAUGCAAUGCAGGCGCUGCUCGAGCACGCCGACAGCCUGGACGUGUCCCUGUCGCUGCAUUGGCUGGCGAUGGGGCAGCGCAGCUCCGCCAAAGCCCUGGACUUGCUCAUCCAAGCGCGCGCGGACGUGAACGAGCAGUACCUGCCCAACAGGACGAGUCCCCUGGGCCUGUUCUGGAUGCUCAAGGGCUUUCAGCAUCGAGCUGGUCGCCGGUCCACGCAGCUGCGCAGUGUAGGCUACCAUCACUACGGGGCCACGCCGCUGAUGAUUGCCAUCAUCUGCGGCAACUACGAAGCAGCUGCGGCGCUGAUGGUCCGAGGGGCCCGGCUCGAUCUCAAGAACUCCCGUUGCCGGACGGCUGCCGACCUCGCGCGGGAGAUGUGCUCGCCGGACUACCUGAUGGCGGCCUUGGGCGGGCAAAUGGCGCGCUGCGACUCCCUCGAGUACCUCCGAGCCCCGGCGGUGGGAAGGUUCGAGGGCCUGCCCGACCUCCUGCUGCAGGUCGCCACCUUGGAUGGUUCGGCCGUGUCUGCCGCCAUGGCGACGCAAAACUUGCGCUGCUUUCAACAGAGCCAGGUGUUCUGGUCGCGCGUCUUGGGCAUGUUCCAAGAUCUAGGUCUGCCGACCCCGGCCGCGCCUGCACCGGCGCCAGUGUGGCACUUCCGCACACCAUGGGCUGACAACCUCUGCUGGUCUGGGGGUCUAUCCGAGGAGCAUUGCUGCGAUCUGGCCUUCGGGCUGCAGGGCGCACCUGGCUGCUUCGACGACUUCUGGACCUUCCACCGCUGUUGCGUGCAGAAUUUGUCCUUCCCGCCCCUGGACGACGCGGCUUGCGGCAGCGGUGGGCCCUAUGGGACGACGCUGUUCUCCCCGCUCGAUGGUCCUCCAUGGGUGCAGGACGUGCCCAGCCCAGAAGAGCCGUUCGUUUUCCUUUGGGAUGAGAAGUCGGGUGGCACAGCCUUCAUGCAGUGGCUCAAGUACUCCGUUUGGAAGCUGGGCAAACUCGACUCUGCCUUCAUGUACACCAUGCCCGGCCAUCCGGUCGCAGUGGGAAGCCCAUUCUACCUGAAGACGGCUGGGCCGCAGCAGAGGGCAAGGUUCGAAAUCGUCUCUGGCCACUUCGACUGGCGCGCGCUGCAUGAAGGCAUCGACUGCCCAAGCCGGCAGAAGGUCCGGUGCUUCGUGCUUAUUCGCGACCCAGUUGACCGCUUCUUGUCCUACUACCGCGAGCGGACCGAUGGUCGCUUUGCGCAAGGGCUCGGGCGCGGCCCGUCAGGUUGGAGCGCGGCGGCCUGGCGGCGCUACCUACGCGGAGUGCAGCGCACGCGUCUUUGGUACGACGGGCAGGAGACGGGCCUGUUCUGCAACAGGGAGAACAUGCUCUGCGUGGAUCUGGACAAGACGGGCACGGCACACCCGCUGUCCCAUCGGGUGAGGCCCAAGAAAGCGCAGGAGAAGUUCUACUUCCGCUUCCUCGGCGGGCCGCAGAACCGGCUGGCGUGGAUGCUGGACCCGGAGCACGGUCAGGCGCGGACGGCCAUCUGGCGGCUGCGCCGUUGCGUGGUGGGCUUGCAGAUGGAGGACCCCCAGGGCUUCCACGAGGUGCUCGGGCACCACUUUCCCUGGAUCCAUGAGCUCAAGGUCGCGAGCUACACAUCUCACCAAUUGCGCCGCCAACGGGUGCCAUCUCCAUAUGCGAUGUACAUGCUUCCGCCUUUGGCUCAAGCCUGGGCGAUUCUGGCCUGCAUGUCGGCAAUCGACGUCCAGAAGCCGUACUGGUGCCCACCAAACACCUGGAAGGGCAUCUGGGUAGGCAUCUGCAAGUACCAGGCAACAUGUGAGAGUUUGGCCAUGGCCGGCCUCACCUGCGAAGGUGUGGCUCUAAUCGACCAGUGCAACGUGAUUUGUGCCCCUCCAUGUUGCGUCACCACGUCCACGACCACAAGGACGAGCACGGCGACGGGGACGACGAUCAGUGCAACACAGACGACUUAUACAGAGACGCACACUGAGACUAGCAGCACCACGGCAUCGGUCAGCCAGACCAGUACCUUCACCAUCAGCACCACGGGCACCGGAUCCACAGUAACGCGCACUGCGACCCUGACGAUGCCAACGACCACAGAAGCGCCGCCAACGACGACACAGGGCCCAGCAGCUGUUAUGCGGUUGGCCAUGCGCGUGAAGGUGAUGAACCCGGACGACUACAUCGAGUAUUUCGAGGACGCGCGAGUGAAGGGUGCUUAUCUCCGCGUCAUGUCCAACAUCACUGGCGUGCCGGACGACCAGGUUGGGUUGGACAUGAUGGCCCAGACGAUGGGGAACCUCACCAUCAUCUUCACGUUGACCAUCCCCUAUAUGGACAACGGCACGGCGAUGGUGCCUUCUGUCCCCCUUGGCCCUAUGCAGGCCAAGCUCAUGGGGAUGAGCAUCGCGGGCUUCAACACAAUGAUUCAGGAGGCGGUGGAUGCGGCCACAGGCGAAGGUACCUACAGCCAGCAAGUCCUCAGCGUGUCGGAGGCAACCGGCUCAACGAACGAUGUCAGUGCCGCAUGUUCCGGGCGGCUAGCGAUAUGGGUGGUCCCGCUUUGGGCACUGGUGGCAGCCCGAGUGCGGAGAUGA